AUGGUUGGUGUGACACGCAGACCAGAAGGGUCAGAGGAUUCUGGUUACGGUAGUGAGCGCUGGAUAGCCAGCAAAGACAAGUUUCGAGUCUCUGCCGAUGGCCAGAUACCCCUUCUUUGGCGCUCCAAACUGCUUCCAGUGGGUGUUGAGGUAAAGGACGCAUAUAACACCCUUAUUUCACCACAAAUUCCAGUUAUACUGGCUAGACAUGAACUUUCUUUUGUCGGAGACAGACUCCAUCGCCUCCAACCGUUAGAUGCGGCCUAUGAAACCAGGGAUGUCAUAGAAAUUUCAACACGGGACGAGAGACCCAGCCGAACGUGGCGAGACGCGGUGAAUGAAAUUCUGGCUUUAGUCAAAGAGAAUAUCCCGAAUUCGCAGUUGAUACAAAUCCUGUUGGUCAACACUGAUCGAAUGUAUGACGAUGUUUCCAGUGCUCUCCCCAACGACCCAUCGAUUGUUGAGCCCUUGAAGCGAGUCAAAAAUAGAAUUGUGGAAGAGGUUGAGAUCUCUAUGAGUGACCUGAGGCCAUCUAUUGCAUUCCACAUGCGACGUCGACGAAACGACUUUAAUGCACCAAGGAAGCCUACGGUUAUAAUCUUCUGCCACCCUCACUCAGUGUGUGACUUUGCAGCUGUCGAGGAGAAGAUUCUUAACAUUUUAAACGAGCUAGAUAUCUCAGUGUUUCUAGAGAUUUUGCCAGGAAAGCUAGUACUUACAAAUCCAGGAUUUAUAUUGAGGCGAAUGCGCAUUGCCCCGGAAGAGCUACCAGAGCAUCCAGUAAAUGGAAGCUCAAUCGGUGUGAAAGGGAAGGUAGAUUCAGCUGGGACAUUAGGAGGCUGGCUAAUACUCAACCUUCCCAGAGAGAAACGGCAAAUAAAAUGCGCCCUAACAUGCUAUCACGUUGUUCGCAGCAACGACCCCAGUGUGACAGCCCAUACUGAUGCACACGGGAUACACUGGAAUGACAAACGUGGGUGCCUAGCUAUCGAAUACCCGGCGUCUCUUGAUACACAAAUGGCAAUGGCUCGCCUGGAUGAACUUCGUCGAUUCCAUCCUGAUGACCAACAGCUGAAACAACAACGGCGAAUGCUAUCUGAGCUUGUAGCCGGUCCAGGAAUCGGUAAAGUACUGCUUGCAUCAGGCCACCAAGUUAGGGACAACCAUAGGCUUGAUUGGGCGCUUAUCGAAAGCCCGGAGACCUUUUCUAGCAAUAGACCCCCUUCCACCCGCCAAGGCAGCUUUGCUUUACCAACAGCUGGUCCUCUAUAUCGCCCUCACCCCGAUGCAAAGAUAACACAAUUUGGUAUACCAAAGGAAGACGACUGGGUUGUUCGAAUUGGCCGGACUACAAUAGCCUCUGCCUGCAUUAGCAGCAUGAAAAAGGUGGAAUGGCCUUCUGGCUUCUUUACUCAAGAGAUUGAACUCGUAUCCGAGGACGACGACGUUGCGGACGAGGGGGAUAGCGGGUCUUUCGUUGUUAAUAGGGAGGGAAAUCUUGUGGGCAUGAUAUUUGCGGUGUAUAGGUCGCCAUCUCGCUUCCACACGGCUUAUAUGAUGACAUUUAAUUCCAUUCAAUCCCACGUCAAAGACAUGACGGAUGGAGGGUUUCUUAGCUUUGACUGA